CGACGCCUUAAUAGAGUGUCUAUUUCCUGGGGUCGUGCGGUGUAUGAAAAACAGGAAGGGCAGCAAAAUUAAUACCAGUCUCCUGUCUCGUUCAUCUGGCCAAGCUCGCCACAAUAUAAAACCCUGUCGAGCACAUCCGGGAUCUUCAGUGGACUCGUACACUAAAACAAACCAUGGACCUUUUGAUUUGUAUUGUUGCCUUGGCGGCUUUCGGAACAUUAGCCGCAGCUGACAACCCUGCUGCAGCUAUGAUGUCCGCCGCGGCCGUGGCCAAUGGGGAGGGGGGGGCUGCAGGAAGCAUCGGGGGUUUUCUGCACUCUAUGGAUUCACAAAAACAAACCAUGGACCCUUCUGUCGGAGCAGGAGCCGUGGCUGCUGUGGCCGCGGCCCCUGUGGUACUGGGAGCCGUAGGUUUCAACCCUGCUGCAGCUAUGAUGUCCGCCGCGGCCGUGGCCAAUGGGGAGGGGGGGGCUGCAGGAAGCAGCGGGGGUUUUCUGCACUCUAUGGGUUCACAAAAACAAACCAUGGACCUUUGUACGGCUCUUGCAGUCGGAGCAGGAGCCGUGGUUGCUGUGGCCGCGGCCCCUGUGGUACUGGGAGCCGUAGGUUUCACCUCGGCUGGGAUCACAGCAGGCUCCUAUGCUGCCACCAUGAUGUCCGUCACGGCUGUGGCCAACGGGGGGGCGGUGGCUGCAGGAAGCACAGUGGCUGCUCUACAGGCUGCAGGUGCAGCUGGUCUGUCUGGAACUGCUACUGCAGCUGUGGCCGCCAUCGGAGCAGCAGUGGGGUACAUGGCAGACUUUUGUGGUUCCCCAAAUUGAGGGACUCACUUCUUCAGUUUGAUCAUUGGGCCUCAUUCACCAAUAUCUUCCUAAGUUAUUUCUUACAUUCGUUCUUAAGAAAGUUCCUAAGAAAAGUCUACGUGUGAUUUAUGACGUGUUCCUAAACAGUGGAAUUGUUCGCAGGUGCGGUCUUAGAAUGAUGAAUCCCAAUAUGUUGUAAAUUGAAAGCUUGUGCCCUGUUGCUCCCUGUUGCUCCUGUUUAGCCCCCUUAAUUGCCAUUAAGGGGCAUUAGAUGGAAAUCUAAAAGAAAUGGGAAAGACGAUGGAGGCCUCGACUCCAGAAGAAAGUCAAACUUCUGACUCUGAAAACUUCUGGAGUGGAGAUAGGCCAAGCACACUUUCAAACACCAUGGCAAUUCAACGCGCUAUACAAAUGACCAAAAGCAUAAGUGUAGUGUUUAUUUAUUAAAACAAACACACAUGUGUUAUGUGUAGAAUGUGCGUACAUUCUGUUCUUACCUAAGAACAAAUCCCAAAUAAGAAAACAUUGGUGAAUUGGUGAAUCUUUGUGAAAGCUGCGUAAGUGGGGAUUAAGCACAAACUUGUUCUUAAGAACAUUUGGUGAAUGAGGCCCAUUGAGAAGUCAAUCAGGUCUCCUUUGGUCGCCGGACCCUUUUCUCUUUGCCUGAUGGGGCAGAAUCACUUUUUUGGUGAAUCCUGAAGUGGCCUCUGUACACGGACGUCCAGACAAACUUCAAACGAUUCCACUUCUGACCCCAAAUGGUGGUGGAAGAUUUUCUCAAACAAUCGUAAAUAAAUAAACAGUCUCUGAAUACAGUCUCUUUCUCCAUAUAUUUCCUUGCAGUCACAUCAGCUACGUGCUGAAUAGACUGUGAGGAACAUCUUUUCAAAAAGGGCAGAGUAGUUCUGUCAUUUUCGUUCAUUACACUACUCCAUUUAAAAUGAAGAUAAACCUUGUAGAAAUAAAAAACAAAAUCUGUUGGAGUACAUUAAUAUAAAUGGUGAAUACGUUUUAAACUCAAAGUAGAGGCAGGCACUGCA